AUGGGCAACGACGGAGGAUCCAUCGCUCGCCGCGACGAGCUCGUCCGCACAAAGGCCGUCCUGGAAAAGGCCGAUCCAGAGACCAUCCGCCAGGCCCUCUGGUCGCUCUGCACCCUCUCUCGCCAGCCUCUGCGCGCACCCAUCGUCUCAGACGCCCUCGGCCGCCUCUACAACAAGGACGCCGUCGUCCACUACCUCCUCCACCGCGGCGACCGUCCAAAGGGCGGCAUCGACGACAUCGCAGCCGGCCACAUCCGCGGCCUCAAGGACGUACGCGAGCUCAAGCUCACAAAGAACCCAAACUUCCGCCCGCCUUCGCCCACCAGCACCUCGUCCGAGUCCAACGCCGCCCCCUUCAUCUGCCCGCUCACCUCCAAGGACAUGAACGGCAAGUACCGCUUCGUCUACCUCCAGCCCUGCGGCUGCGUCAUGAGCGAAAGCGGCCUCCGCGCCAUCGCCUCUGAGGUCAAAUCGACCAGGCCCUCGUCAUCGUCCAGCGCCACCACCACCACCACCACCGCCACCACGAACGGCAGCGACGACACCCUUCGCCAGUGCCCGCUCUGUGGCACCGACUUCCGUGCCAGCAACCUGGCCAAGGGCAAGGAGCCGGAAGCCGGCGGCCAAGUCGUCGUCAUCAACCCGUCCAACGGCGAAGAGGACGCUAUGCGCAAAGCCAUGGAGGCGGCGCGCGCAAAGGAAGCCGCACGAAAGGCGGCCACUAAAGCGGCGGGCUCAGCCAACGGUGGCGGGCAUGCGGCCGACGGCGGCGAAGAUGCCGCGACGAGAGAGGAGAAGAAGCGGAAAAAGGCCGAGAAGAAGGCGGCGCGGGAAGCCAAGAUUGCCGCGCUGACGGCCGAGCUGGCGCAUGACGGCAGUGGCGGCGGCGGCGACGGCAAAGCUGCGUCACUGCGUCGAUCUGCAGAUGGACUUGGCGACGCGGAACGAGAUGGCGACAAUGACCUCGACGAUGCGCUCACGCCGUCAGCCAAGCGCGCCAAGCUCGAGGAAUCGACGCGGCCCACCAUGAGCGCCACCGCGCCGGGCGUCUCUGCAGCGAUGCGGGUGGCUGAGUUGACGCGGCAACAGAAUGCCGCCGUCAAGAGCCGCGCUCAGCCCGUCAGUGCGGCCAUCGCCAGCCUGUACGGGCCCGGCAAGGACGCCGGCGGCAAGCCGACCAAGGAGAGCUGGAUGAACCGCAGCACCUGCUCGGGCUGA